AUGAAAGAGGAAAAAAAGUUGGAAGUAGGCAAAGGCUGCAGCAUAUUGGACCUUGUGUUUUACGCUCUGCUACAAACAAAACAUUUCGAUGGAGCCAGACAGUUACUGGAAACAGGAUGUGUGGGGAUAAAGCCAAUUUUGAUUGGUUGCAAGAUUUUGAAGGAUCUCAGCAAAGACUGGAAAGUAAGAAUUUCAGAAGAGAAAGAAUUACAUAGAUUAAGAAGGAUGUUUGGUCGGCAUGCACUAAGUAUCAUGAACUAUAUUCAUGAAAGAGAUGAGAGAGACAAACCGGACGAGCCGACAAGUAUAUCAGACAAAGUGAUGACGUUUCUUUUUAAGAAAAAGGAUGACGUCAACAACGCGGGAAGAUUACUUCUAAACCAUGGUUAUCUAGAUGUUGCAUACAAAACUGAGAAUGAGUGGUUUUUGGAAAAUCCACAGCUGAAAACUAUCAUAAAGGAGUUAUGGAAUGGAAUGGGGUAUACGAAAAAUAGAGGUUACUUGGGGAAGCUAACAACAUUUACUCUUUUUGUGCUCCAUAUUUUCCUUAUGCCUCUACUGCUUGUCAAUCUUGACAGACCACCUUUAACAUGGUUCUACAAGAAAUACCACAUCCCAAUCCUGAAGUUAUGGAUAAAUAUGGUUGGAGUUUUCUUUUUCCUCGGUGUGUUUGCGUACAUGCUGUUGUUUGAUUACAGCAAAGAAACAGUUUCACGCUCUGAAUUAGCUGUCAUUUUCUGGGUAGCUUGUAAAUUUGUGGACGAAUUAGAACAGAUCAUUGUUGCCAUUGAAAGAAGGAAGACGAAACCUGACGCAAUAAAAAUCUACUUAGGAGAUUUCUGGAAUCGUUUGGAUUGGUUAAUUAUCAUUGUCUGUUCCUUGGGUGCCAUUCUGAAAUCAUUUGACAAUGCGUUGAAGGAGGAUGCUGCCAAAUUACUGUAUAUAUCUGCUUACAUUAUCUUAAAUGUUCGAAUUCUCAACAUGUUUUGGACAUCAGAGUUUCUUGGAACCCAACUUGUUAUCAUCCAGAAAAUGUUUGGGAACACACUAGCAUUUAUGGCCAUUGUACUGAUUAUUAUGAUGUGCUACAAUGUGGUGGACUACGCCCUUCUGUUUCCAAACACCGAGUUUAGCUGGGAAGAAGUAGAGAAUAUUAUGAAAAAUGGAUACUGGACUUUAUAUGGAGAGUUUGAUGUCGAUGUCGGUCAAGACUGUACAGACAAUGCUACCAUAUACGAAGCUGGUUUACAAGAAAGAUGCCCUACGUCCCUUGGCAGUGCAAUAUCGCCUUACCUGAGAGGCAUUUACUGUCUGAUAGCUGUUGUGAUGUUACUUAAUUUACUUAUCGCUAUCUACAGUUACACCGCUGCAAUGGUGCAUGAGAAUUCUCGCAUGCAUUGGUGACAGCUACAAUCGAAUUUCCUUGAGGAAUACACCAUCAGAAAUAUCUUCCCUAUCCAUUUCAAGCUUCUUUCAGCGGCCGCUUUUAUUGUCCAUCUUGUAAUAUCAUCAAUUCUGAAUUGUGUGACAAACAAAAAGGGACAAUCAGCAUAUGAAAGAGUGCUUCUAUACGAUGAAAGAUAUGACGUCAUCCAGAAAGACACUAUUGAGGCGGAGAGGAACGGGAUCCUUGAAAUGCAAGGAAAAUUGGAGAUUGACACUGAUAAUUUUCCAGAGCAGCUGGAAUCCUUGAAAGACGAAAUGAAAGAAGUAAAAAGAGAGAUGGAGAAUAUGAUUGAAGAACUGAAAAAGGAUAUGAAAAAUCUUCUAGGUUCGAAGGAAACGACAUCAUUGCAGCGGCCAAGACUUUCCAUAAUGAGGACUUCACUGCAGCGACAAAGAAGUUCCAUUAUAUAAACUUUUUGAAAGAAAACAAAGUUUAAAAUGAUGACGUGUA